GCUGCUGCUGCUGCUGUGAUGAGCACUGGCAAUGGCAUCAUGGCAAACAGCGUCAUGUCAACGCCGCCAGAUGUGAUACUCGAAGUGGGUCCAGCGCCGAGCAGCGUGCGUUUUGUGGCACACGCUUUGGUCCUGGGCAUGCACAGCGGCUACUUGCGUUCCGCCAUUCGCAUGGAUGAAGCAGCAGCCGCAGCAGCAGCAGCCGCAGUGGCUGCUGCCGGGACAACAGCAACUGUUGGCGCUGCUGCUGCUGCUGCGAGCGGUGAAUUGCUGUUGUAUUUGGGCAAUGUGACAGCCGAGCAAUUUGCCCCGCUGUUAACUUACAUGUACACGGGCUACUUGGAUUUGAAUGUGGACAACAUAUUUGCGGUGCUGCUUGCCACACAUGUGUUGCACAUGCCGCGCGCCUUGGAGAUUUGUCGUUCCUAUUUGGCGCGCUCGCAAACUGAGGGCUAUUUAAGCGGCAAUGCGUCGCAUCCUCCUCCUCCUCCUCCGCCGCAGUUGACGGCGCCCAAAAUCAUACGACCCAUUGCCAGCAAAGCGACGUUGCCAAACUUCGGCUUUUUACCAGCACCUCCACCGCCAGCACCGCCGGCGCCACCACAACCAGCACCACCAGCAAUAGGUUAUGUGGAUGCCACAGCGGAGUUGUCCAUUGUGGAGAACAACGACGAGGAGGAGGACAUCGAGGUGUUCAUCGACAGCAAUACGCCGACGGACAACGAGCUGGACACCGAGGAUUGCAAUGUGUCCGUGGUGAGCAGCUUGGCCAGCAGCAGCGCUGCGAGCAGUCUCAACAUCGAGCGUCUCGAUGCCAAGCGUCGCACUCCGACGCCGCCGCCGCCGCCGCAGCCGUCAACGUUGCCAGCGCCAAUCGCGGCAACAGCUGUGAAAGUUGCUGCCAAGCUGCGUCGCAGCAACAGCAACAACAGCACACGCAAAUCGCACAGCAAACGCGGCAGCAACUCAAGCGGAUUGCAGAUAGCCAAAGCUCCGGUGCCAGCGGUGCAAUUGGAGACGGCUGCGCCAGCGGCAACAGCAGCCAAAUUCAUUAUCGAUGUGGCCAGCUGCGAUGGUCCCGUGCGGUUUCGUCGCAUCCUAAACACUGCCUACGGCCACAAGCCAGACAGCAGCAGCAGCGGCGGCAGCAGCAACAGCAACAACAAUUGCGUGGAGUUGCAACGCACGCAGCAAAGUGUCAGCUAUUCGUUUCAUCAGCAAAUGGCUCGCGCCAUCAGCAGCCAACAGCGACAGCAGCAACUCGAGGAGAACGAGAACAGCGGCGAUGCAGCAACAGCAGCAGCAGCAACCACUGUAGUUGCAACACCCGCAACACCAGCAACAGUUGCUGCUGCUGCACCGUCACAACGCAAGCAGUCGCAAGCGGAACUCUUUGUGUGCGUUUACUGCAAACACACAUUCAAAUCGCAGUAUUGCUAUCAGAAGCACGCCAAGCGGCAUCUCAAUCCGUUGAGUCUGGACAAGAAGCUGGCGGAGACGCAACCUUUGGCUGCUGCUGUGUUGCGCGACAAUGCCACAGCCGAGUUGCAAUUGCUGACAACAGCAGCAACACCAACAGCAGCAGCAGCAACCACAACAACAGCAACUGCAGCAGUUGCAGCGGCAGCAGCAGCAACGGGCAGCGAGACGGCAACUUUAACGGCAGCCGCAUUGCUGCGAAGGGAGGUGCGACCUCUGGACAUGAAUGUGCAGUAUUAUCCAUGCAAAACUUGUGGCAGCAAAUUUCCUAGCUAUUAUUUUGUGCACAAGCAUCGCAAGCUGUGCCAUGCCGACGAAUUGGAAACAACCAACAACAACAACAACAACAGCAGCAGCAGCAGCAACAUCAAUAACAACAACAAUAAUAGCAACAGUAGCAGCAGCAACAUCUCGAAGCGAGAGACAACAGCAGCAACCACUGCAACUGCAGCAACAGCGGAGACAGCGCCAUAAAUUGGGCAUCAAACAAUCUUUAACGAAUUUAGCACGCAAUGCACCACACACCCACACACACACAUACACAUAAAACAUACACACACCUGUGCACAACAAUUUUUUUUGUCUCGAAUAAAUGUAUAAGCAAAUUCAAAAGAAAUCUAAUAAAAGUCAACUAAACCAAAAAUGACGAAGAAGAACCC